GCUUGCUGACGGUCCUGUUCUUCUCUGGCCGGCGGGGACAGGAAGCAGGAUUGGAUUUCGGGACCAUUAAGUCAAGGUUCGGAACGGGAGGAGAGGAUAAGAGCCAUGAAGUGGAUUUGGGCGAUAUUGGGGGUCCUCCUCUCUUUGGGGGCCCUGGCGUCCUGCGAAAAUGGCCUGCAAAUCCCAGAGUAUGAUGGCAAGGACCGCGUUCACGACCUCAGCGACAAGAACUACAAGUCCAUCAUGAAGAAGUACGACGUGAUGGUCGUCUACUACCACAAAAACGUGCAUGGGGACCGCAAUGCCAUCAAGCAGUUCCAGAUCGAGGAGCUGGCUCUGGAGCUAGCAGCCCAGGUUCUGGACGAUCUGGAAGAUGAAGACAUUGGAUUUGGCCUUGUGGAUGAAAAGAAAGACAGCUCCGUGGCCCAAAAACUCGGUCUGGAUGAGGUGGAGAGCGUCUACAUAUUCGCCAACGAUGAGAUCAUCGAGUAUGACGGCGAGUUGGCCGCCGAUACACUGGUGGAGUUCCUCUAUGACGUGAUGGAAGAGCCCGUGGAGAUCAUCGACAAUGAGCGGGAGCUGAAGGGCUUUCACAACAUGGACGAUGUCAUCAAGCUUGUGGGCUACUUCAAGAGCGAGAAAUCUACUCAUUUCAUCGAGUUCGAUGACGCGGCUGAAGAGUUUCACCCUUUUAUCAAAUUCUUUGCCACCUUCGACCCCAAGAUUGCCAAGAAACUGAAACUGAAGAUGAACGAAGUGGAUUUCUACGAGCCCUUCAUGGAGGAAUCCGUUACCAUUCCCGGGAAGCCCUACACCGAGGCCGAGCUGGUCGAGUACAUCGAGCAGCACGACAGACCCACAUUGAGGAAGCUGAAACCUCACAGCAUGUAUGAGAUCUGGGAGGAUGACAUCGACGGCGAGCACAUUGUGGCCUUCGCUGAGGAAGACGACCCAGAUGGUUUUGAGUUCCUGGAGAUCCUAAAGGAGGUGGCACGCGAGAACACAGAGAAUCCCAAUCUGAGCAUCAUCUGGAUCGACCCUGACAACUUCCCCCUGCUGGUCCCGUACUGGGAGAAGACCUUCCGCAUCGACCUGUCAUCCCCCCAAAUCGGCGUGGUUGACGUGGAGGACGCUGACAGCGUGUGGAUGGAAAUGGACGACCACGAUGAAAUGCCGACGGCGGACGAGCUGGAGCGCUGGAUUGAGGACGUUCUCUCGGGGAAGAUCGACCCUGACGACGACGACGAGGAUGAUGAGGAUGAUGAGGACGAUAAUGACGAUGACGAUGAUGACAACGAUGAUGAUGACGAUGACGAUGACGAUGAUGAUGAUGAAUAGAAACAUCCCAACUAUCUUUCAGUCUCGUUGUUACGUUGAAAAUUGAAUAUGAGGAUCCGGCGGGAGUCCCUGAUGCCCGUCAGCGACUGAAAACCACGGCUUUGCUUGACAAGCCGACUGCGCUUGCGUUUUGUACCUUGUGUCAUACGACCAGAGCUCAGAAACACUCACUUCAUAUAAAGUGUGUCAGAAAUAAUAAAGAAAAUUAACGACAAACAAACAAACAAAAUGAAACGAAUCACUGGAGAGUCUUAAAAUUAUCCCGGAAAAUCUGCCAUGGAAUUAAUCAAGUAAAUAGCUGUUUCUGUUCUCUCAUCCCAAAUAAAAACAAACAAAAAAAAACCUUAAAAAAGAAAAACAGUCCUGCUUGUAUUUAUUUCCACAUAUCAUGGACAA